AUGGCCGACCCUUCCACACCGACUGCAGCACCAGACCCGCCACCCAAAUGUACCAUCUGCAAGAGCGAUCUUACUAUCAGAGACAAGCAGAAGACCACGAAGAACUACUGGAAGAACUGCCAAAGCUGUCGGGAUAAAAUGAAGACGGCAGCAUUCAUCCGCGAAGAGACAAAAGAAGAAACCAGCGGAAGUGCCCAAGCCGAGACCAAGGUUCCGCAGGUUUCCCAGGACGUUCGUUCCAAAGACAUCGCCGCGACAGAACAGCAUCGCAUCAUACGAAGACCUGGAUCCAAUGUAUAG